UUUUAAAAUGCCUUUACAGUGCUAUAGAGACAUUUUGUAGAGUGUCUCAUAAAUGCCUUUUGAUGAAUUGUCUCUAUGAAGUAAGAGGUAUUUUAUAAUAUGUCUCUAUGCAAAUAGAGACACUUUGUAGAGGCAAUAAUAUGUUGCGGCAACUAUAGCAAAUCAAUAUGAAAAAAAACAAAAAUAUUAUUCCUUAUCAAUCCUUGAACUCAUGGACCUCUUAAGUUGACUAUUUUUAUCUUCAAUGCACUAACCAUCCCAACCUCAUAUAAUUACAUGUAAAUAUGUUAUUUGUAUUACUUAUAUCUAGUUACUUGAUAUAUAUUAAUAUUUGGAAAAAUGCCUUUACAUCAUUUUAAAUGCCUUAAGAAAAUGCCUUUACACAUGAGGCAAAUUUCAAAGUGCCGAAAAGAUGUCUCUACAAGAUAAUUUAACAAAAUAUGUUAAAAAUUUCUCUAAAGUGUCUCUAGAGUAAAAAUAUUUUAGGCGAUUUUGAAAGUGCCUCUAAAAAGUGUCUCUACAAAAGAGCCUCUACAUAAGGUUUUUGUUGUAGUGCGUUCACAGCUCUACCCGUCGGAAGACUCGCUAAUUUCUCUCUUUUCAUAUAUCCCAAUAAUUAUCAGCAAGAGGGUUCUCAACCCUUUUUUGGGCACUCCUUUUCACAUGGCUAGGGCCUGCCAGCACUUGUGCACCUUGUUUUUUGCCUUCCAGGAGUCCGGCUUGAUCUGCUCGUACCGAUCCAAGUUGCUAACAUGUCUCAAAUCCUCCUUUUGUAUCUACAUUCCACGAGGAGAUGGAAGGAAGUUUCGAGAACAUGUCUAGUCAUUAAUCUGAACGUUGUCCAAACUUUGUUUUGGAGAACUAGUCACAUGAAGGAUUUGCAUUUGCGUGGGCCCUUGGGCUUCGAAAUAAGUAGUUCGUAGUUCAUGUUGACGGAGCCUAGGAAUUACACCAUGUAAGCUGAAGUUUCCGUGUACUCGCCAUGAACUGUAAUCUUCCACUUGAUUUCGUUGGGUUCGGUGGGGUGAGUUCCACCAAUUGUACUGCAGUCCAUAGGUUGAAUAGUUGGUCUAUGAGAAGUACCGUCAUGCCUUGGGUGAUUGGGAGAUCAAGAUCUUGGAGCCAGUAGUUAUUGGUUACAACUUCUUUUUAGAAUGUGGUUUUUUUCUCUUUGAAAUGUUGUACACCCCUGAGAAUAAAUCCUUUGGCAAUUGUCCCUUUAGCCAACUAAAUCCCAUAAACUUAAUGGAGGCCCCGUCACCUACUGUGAUACUUGUAGCUGCCACGGAGAGGAUUUUCUCUGUUUCAUCGCAUGGCAUCUCCAUUCCAACCCAUGUUUUGCUUUCCAUUCGAGCCACAACCAUCAUAUCCAUAGUACUCUUGCGAAUUUUUCCAGAUUGAGAAUCCUAAGGCCCCUGUUGGUCAUUGGGGAGAACAUCUUUGUCCAAUUAACUUUGCACUUUCCCCCCAUUAGGUGUCUUGGUCAUGCCCAAAUGAAAAAUGACUUCCAGGCACUCCUUGCUCGCCUUUAGCACUAUGAGGAGGUAGACUGGUUGUGAAGUGAGAACCGAUUUGACAAGGGUAGAUCGCCCAGCCAUGCCCAGAUUCUUCCCCCUCCAUCAGACCAUCCAUAUUGCUAAUUUGUCGAAGAGAAGUUGGAGGUGUUAAGAGAGGUAGGCCCAAGUAUCUCAUUGGGAAAGAAGCCCUCGUGAUCUUUGAGUAAUUCAUCAAUGGCCAGUUUCUCGCAUCUGAUUGCCGCGACCUACGAUUUUUGAAUGUUUGUGCAUAGUCCAGUUUCAUCCCCAAAUUUUGUCAAGAGCUCCGUGAAGACUAGGAUGUCUUCCCUUUGGGAGUUGAUGAUUGCAACAUCAUCAGCAUACAUGGAGAAUCGUAGACGUAUUGCUCUUCCCUUGAGCUUAUUACUGAUCAUUCCCAUAUCUGUAGGCAUGGAGAGUAAACUAUGUAGAGGAUUAAUUGCUAAGAUAAAGAGCAAGGGAGAAAGCAGGUCGCCUUGCCUCGGACCAUUACCGUGUUGUAUUUGUUCACCUAGGAUACCAUUUAGGAGGACUUCAGAGUAGGAGGAUUUUAGGAUGGUGACUAUCCAGUUUAUCCACCACUAUGGGAACCUCGUUGGUGUAGAAGGCUGAGCAGUGGGUAAUUCCAACGUACCGAGUCAAAAGCUUUGGAAAUGUCGAGUUUGAAGAGCAGCGAGGAGCUUAUGUUGCGAUGCUAACACCUAACACCUAAUUAAGUUCCGGACAUAGAGGAUAUUAUCUUGGAUGCUCCUUCCGCUUAUAAAAGCACUCUUAUUCACCGAGAUUAACAAAUGCGUAAGGCAUCGGAGAUGCAGUGCUAAUAGCUUCAAGUGGAUCUUGGCGAAGCUAUGUAUCUGGCUUAUCGGUCUAGAAUUCAUAAUCUUGUCGACCCCCACUUUUUUGGGAUGAGAACUACAUUCGCCGAGUUGAGGAGGUUGAGGUGCCCGCAGUUCAUACAUGGAGUUGAAAGCCGCCACUAUGUCCUUGAUUAUGUCCUAGGAACUCUUGUAGAAGUUGAUCAUGAAACCGCCUAGCCCUAGCAUCUUAUCUAUAGGUAAUUUGCUUAAUAGCUUUGCGUAUCUCCUCUUAUGUGAAGGGUUUGGCAAGGUAGCGCAACUCCAUUGGACCGAUUCCCAAAGCUUGCCAACUAAGCUCACGUUCUCUUGGGGCCAGCCUCCCCAUAAUCGAUGUGAAAUGGUCAUUGAUUAGAUGCACUUUUUCAUCAUGCAUUGUUGCCUAACCAUUUCGUUUGGACAGUUGAUGUCUAUGGUUUUUCCUUCGGCGUGCAUUUGCUUUUAGUUUGAAGAACCUGGAAUUUGCAUCGCCUUCAUGAAUCGUUGUUACACGGGAAGCUUGUCUUUUUCUUUGGUAAUUUGAUGUUAGCUAGUCCGAGCACUCGACACUUUAGAGCCGUUCUCAGUCGUCUCUCUGCUUGAGAAAGACAUCUACAUUCCUUGGCCAUCUCAAGCUGCUUUAUUAUCUCAAGUGCCAUGUGGAAUUUUAGCUUUGCCUCUCAGCAUGUGGUUUUGGCUCACGAUUUAAGGGCUUUUGUUGUGGUGCAUACUUUGACCAAUUUCUGCUCCUGAUCAAAAUCGAGGUGGUUUUCAUCGUAGCUCUUCUGGCCUCGGGGCAUUUGCCCCUAUCUUGCUAACAUCGGUCUCUAGGGCAAUCCAAGUCUCGGGCGAAGCAGGAUGAGAGGUGCUGCGAACGAGGUGGACAGGGAUAUGGUGUGGAAAUUGGUCAAACGCUCGCGCCGUCACUGGCUCGCAGUCCGUGACCACCAAGUUUUACGCGAGGAACCGACGCUUGGUUGAGGUUAAUCGUCGUCAUGGUUAAGUAGUGGAUGUCCUCACAAUAGUUACCUGCUAGCUGAUUGGUCCAUAGGUGACACGUGUAGACAAAAACCGUAGAAACUGCUUAUAGUCUUCUCAAACUAUAUAUCCUCAACACAAUCUACCCACAUAGCUAAACAUGGGCUUUGUAAAAAGAACACAAGCCCUGUGGCUCAGGUGUUUGUGUAGUACAUGUAGAAAAUAGAAAAAAAAACACAGAAAAACAAGUAGAAAAAAAUAUAUGAUAAAUGCAGGCACCCGUGUUAAGUCUAGGAGUUGAACCCGAGUUGGCUGGGACCACCGCAAGAAACCUAACUAGUUGAGUUAGACUCCCUUCGCAUACUUUCACUGUCUAAAAAAAAUCAAAUCCUGGGGAUGAGUCUGGACAUAGUGUAUAUUCAGAUUCAUCCUCAUGAUUUGAUUUUUUUUUGAUAGAGGGAGUAAGUCACAAAACACUAUGAUGGAACAUGGGAAAACUUGACUCACAAAUUGUGAAGAAGAUAAAAUGAUGCAAAAGGCAAUACUUCACAAAUAAACAAGAGAAAAUUCCCUGUGUACCCUUGAAAGUUCACCUAAUCCCAUCUACGCCCAUGAAUUUUACUUCCUUUAUGUACCCAUGAAAUUUAGUUUGGAUCUCUUCCAUGCCCUUUCCGCUAGUUCACCGUUAGUUGACCAUUAAAUUCUUAUGAAAAAACUCAUUUUGCCCUUUGCUAUGAAGAAGCAUAUAAAUUAAUAGAGUAUAUUGUUGGAGCUUAAAAAUUUGUUAGACGGGACUAUUAUAUUUAUGAGUUAGUUAUGUACCCUAUUAUUUGCAAUAAAUAUACUUUUAGAUAUGACAUAAAAAUAAUACUUAUUUAUUAGUUAUUAAAAGUUGUUUAUGUAGCAUAUUAAUAUAUUUGUCUUAUACAACAAAUCUAUUGUAUUACUAUCAAACACAUAUGCUACAUAAAAAACUUUAAGUAACUAAUAAAUAAAUAUUAACUUUGUAUAUCAUAUUAAAGUAAAAUUAUCACAAAUAAUAUGGUGCAUAACAAACUCAUAAAUAUAAUAGUCUAAUCUAACAAAUUUCUACACUCCAACAAUGUACUCCAUAAAUUUAUUAUGUUUCUUCGUAGCAAAGGGCAAAAUGGACUUUUUCAUAAGAAUUUAACGGUCCACUGACGGUCAACUAGGGAAAAGGGCGUGCAACCGUGCAAGGGAUCCAGACUAAAAUUCAGGUGUAUGUAAGGGAAUAAGCAAAAUUCAGGGGCAUAGAAGGGAUUAGGUGAACUUUCAUGGGUACAUAGAGAAUUUUCUCAAUAAACAAGUAUGGACCUAAUUUAUGGGCCUAUAUAAACUAGAAGGAAAUGAAUACUCUGUAGGAUGUUCAUGUCAAAGGACACAAAGAAAUUCAUAUGCCUAAUUUUACACAUUGUAGAAAUAUUAUAAAUUAGAAGAUGCACCAAAAUUUGACGUUACCCAAGUAAUUAUAACUCUAAAAUGUGUUCACACACAGAAGUUGAAAAACCUUGAUAUAAUCACGUAUAUUAUGUACACAUAUAAGUAAACUGUUAUAAAAUUUUGGAAUGGUCUCAUCCUUAACCUUCGUCCUAAAGAUUAGGCAUUGCAUUUUGUGUCGUGCCUUCUCACCCCUCACUCCACGGGAAGGAACCGUGGCGGUUGGGCCACAUCCUUUCACCCUCUUUGGCACUCCUUGCAACCGGCGCGAUGGUUUCCAUCCAUCGCGCCCUUCGGUUGCCACCGUUUCCUGUGUAUAUAUGUAUAUGCAAACCUAUGAUCAAUGAGAAUUUAUUCUUAUCUCUCGCUCUCAUUUUAUUCUCAACGUAAACUUCGUAAAUAAACCUUUGGCCUUGUAAGGCCAAAUAUAUUAUAAAAGCGUAAUAAAAUGUAGGUGUACAAUAUAAUCGUAUACUUCAUUAUGAAACCUACUUGAGGAAACCAAAUAAAUUCAUACUGUACAACAAAAUGAAGAUCCACUUUCGAACCUAACAAUUAAGAGUUAGGCUCGAUUGCAGCUUGACCACUUAAUAAUAUGGUUAUUACCAUAUAAGUACAAGUCGAUGUUAGAAAACAAUCUUAAACAAUAAAACAACCCUAAUUGGAAAGCACAACCCUCAAAUUGUAAUAAACAUCCAAUUCCUGAACUUAUCAAAUAGAAUAAAUGUUUAUCCAUAACUUGAACAUCUAAUAAAAUACCCGCACAUAGCUCAAAUAUUGUAAAUUUGGCUAGAGGCAAAUAGAAAUACAUAUGUCAAAACUUUUGAGGAGCUAGUGGAUAGAAUAUUAAAUAAGCAUUUUUUUCGUUCUACAAUCCAAGUAUAAGGACACGGAAUUUAUUAAAGAAAAAGAUGAGGCCAAUAUUAAUUGCGGGGACACUUUCGAUCCCGACAACUGAACCGUCUCACUAGAUGAUCUAUCCAAGGGCCAGCGGCAUGAGUUAGAGUAGGAGCUCGAGGUACAAAACAUAGAGCUAACGAAAUAGAAACUCACACGAUUUCAGAAGACGAGGUAUAGUAUCAUCAGAAAGGAGAAAAGGCUGAUCACUUAACAAUUAUUGGCUAAAGAAGAAGUAGUGGUGCUUGAUUUCUCUUGAGGUAUAGGAGCUUUUGUUUUCCCAUGUGAACUUCGUGCCAAGGAAGUUAACAAGCAUCAAGAUGAUGGAGCACGAGACCAUGAGGAGAUGUUGGAAGGCCAUCAGAGGAUGAACCAGGACAUCGUUCAAGUGAAGAGAUCGCCAUGCUUCUCCAACACAUCAGAUAAGGUAACAUUAAGAGGUAAUUUACUUAUUUAUUUUCCAAUUUGAUCAUAUAUCUGAAAAUAAUUUAUGCAGUAGUAACAUCAUGAGUAAUUCUAAUGGAUUGGUUAAUUUUCUUGUUGGUAAUAGCAAAGUGAUCAAAAUUUCACAUCAUCAUUACCAAAGUUUAUGUCUACAUUAUUUGCUUGUAGUAGAAAAUUAAAAUUGAAAAAUAUUGAAAAGGAUUAUGCUAAUACAGUGAGCAGUUCUAAAUCAUCGGACAAGGGAGAGAUAAGCAACUAUGUAUCUGCAUGGGUAGAUAACAAAUUUGAAACAUAUGAUUGCUUAAUUUUAAAUCCGUCUCUGCAAAAGUGUAGACUAGAGGAAAAGAAAGUAUACUUUUGAUUGUACAAUGUGCGAUCAUAUUUUUGAUGCUUUGCUGAAAAGUGAUUAUAUUAGAUUACUUGGUCACUAUGUCAUGCCAUCACUUCAAGAUUUAAAAGAAUGAAUUUAUUGUAAAUGGCAUAAUUCAUUUGAUCAUUGUACUAGCGAUUGCAAUAGUUUUCGUCAUAAAAUAUAAUCGGCUAUUAAUGAAGGCGGAUUGAAUUUUGCGACUCUGAAAAUGUCAUAUGCCAAGGAUGACCCUUUUGACAAAACCAAUCGCGGUAAGGAGUUUUAGGGUUAGAUUUUAAGAAAGUUGGUGGAGAUAAUGGAUCGAGAAAGGUUAUGAUUGGUUGAAAAUAGAAUGUAUGCAGAGAAGUUGCUAUAUUUUGGAUUUGAAUGCUAGAAAUUGUUAUAUUUUAGAAUGAAGAGAUACUUUCCAAAAGAAGAGGAAGCGAUUAAUAUUUUAGUUUUGAGUCUCUCUCAACUAUAGCAUCCGCGCGGCUGCACGCGUCCGGCGUGGGUUCAGGCCUGCAUCGUGGCUAUAAGCACACAUGGCCUCUGAUCAAGGUGCAUUAAACAGAGUGACUUAUAAAUUACUCCAAUUAGCUAGGAGCGCUAUUUGGAUGCAGGGUAGAUGCCCAUAUUUGUAUGCAUGAUCCUGUUCCCUGGGGUUGUAAUCACUCUCUGUUUAAUCCAUAAUAUCACCAUCUCCUUGCAAUAAAAUAAAAUAAAAGGGAUACUGAGAGUGAUUGCAUGCUAGUCCAGCCAAAUUAACCACAUGACCUCACAUGCUUACUAGUAUGUUAUUAGUUAUCACCUGUACUUUCAUCAUCAGUUGCCUUACGCGUGGUGCACGAGACUGAAAAUAAUCACACAUGCAUGUAAUUCUAAGCUGUUUGCAUUUUUUUCUUUCAAGAAAAUUCAGACCAGAAAAUAAAAAUAAAACUACAAUCAGUUUUGCUACUCUCUCCGUCCCAAAAUCAAGAGAAGGAUAUAAAUGCAUGUGCGAAAGUUUUAACCGUCUUUGGCAUGCAUGAUAGAAGGUGAGUCAAACAUUUACUGUAUACGAGUGCUUCAAAUGUAAUAAUUGACAAUCUUCCUUUUGAAUGAUAAUAACAAUUUAAUGUUUGGCAAUUUGGUCUUAACCAGAAAAGGCAUAACACAGCAUCCCUCUAUGCAUGCAUGCAAGAACAAAUCAUUUACUCUCUACACACAUGCCAGAGCAAAACAUUUUUUUUUGAACUGAUCAAAAUAUCUUGCCAAUAGUACACAUGCACAUGCAUAUAAGACCACCAUGUCCCCUGAUAAUGCCCUAUAAAUAGCCCAUCUCACCAUAUCUCUCUUUCACCAAGCAGAAGCUAGAGACACAUCUAAUCAUCUUCAUAAAACCUUGAUCUAGCUAGCUCCCAAACCAUACAUGGCCUCCUACUACGAAAUCACCUCUCGUGGCGCACUCAUCAAGGGCAGGGAGUUCAACUUCUCCAACCUCUACCUCUACCACAUCUACAAUAGCUCGGAACCGAACCAGCAGCAGAUCAUAGACAACGUUUCUUCCACUGCCAUGGGUGGGCUGACCGUCAACAAUUGGACGGUGUACGAUGGAGUUGCGAGCGAUGCGACGCUUGUUGCCCGAGGGCAGGGCCUGCAUACCUACGCUGGCAACUGGCAUUGCUCCUUCACCUUGGUUUUCGAGGAUGAAAGGUUUAACGGAUCCACCCUUGAGGUGAAGGGGAUAUUUGAAGAGACUCAUGACUGGGCUAUUGUUGGGGGAACAGGCGAGUUCGCUAUGGCAUCUGGUGUCAUAAAGAAAACGGUGUAUGAGCGAACACCCGAGGGGACAAUCAUUGAACUCACGAUCCGUGGGUUUUGCCCCGAUUUUUAACCUAUUUGAAGGUAACAUUUGGUCGGCAGAAUGCAGCCCUUUUGGCUCCCACUGUCAAAUAAACUACAGUGUUGUAGGCUUCUUUUGUCGUGGUGGGAAGUGCCUCAAUGCAGUUGGCAUCAGCGUCCACCCUGUCUAACCUGUCAAAAUUAGCUUCCCGUGUUUAAGUGUGUUUUUUGUAAUGAAUAAAUAUGUUAGGGGGUCCUCCCUUUCAUUCAUGUAGUGAUGAGUGAUGUUCUGUAGCUGGAGUGCGUAUGUCGGAAUUUGCAGUCCUUCUGUCAGGGUUUCAGUCUUGCAGAUUGUUGUAUACUCCCUCCGUCCUAAAAAAAGGCAAACCCUGGGUUUCCGUGUCCAA